AUGAAUUCAUCAACUUUCGACAAUUUGAUUAACUCGGUCAAAAAAGCCAGUUUUAGUGACAAUCAAGUCGAUAUAAUAAAAACAACAAUACAAUCAGUCGAAAUCAUAUCAACAUGGCAAGUCGUACAAUUAAUGAAAUUACUCUCGUUUGAUAAUGCAAAACUUGAAGUAGCAAAAAUGGCCUAUCCAUAUACAUACGAUCAGGGUUCUUAUGCAAGUAUUGUCGGCGAUGCACUUACAUUUAGUGGUGCUAAAUCAGAAUUAAAUGAAUAUAUUCGUAGCCGAUGUUGGUGA